CGCGCAGCCGCCCCCUGGCGGCGGGGCGGGGCGGGGCGGCGCCGGGAUCGCUCCGGGCCGGCCGCACCGGGAGUCCCGCGCCACAGAUCCCGCACCCCUGUGGAUCAGAUGUCUUGAAGCAUUUCUGGGCUGAGCUGGUUUUUCAGUGCCUCAGGAGCCAUGGUGCACCAGGAGUCCAUCAUGACUGACUGGGUGCUGCUGGGGCUGAUCGUGGUGCUGGUCGUGCUGCUGCUGCUGACCAUCUUCGGUUUCGUCGUCUACUCGGGGCUCUUCACCGAGGUGGUUGUGAGUGCUGGCUCCCCCCCUGUCGGCAACAUGACACUGGCCUACAAGUUCAGGGUGGGCCCAUAUGGAGAAUCCGGGCAGCUCUUCACGGAUGGCUGCAGCAUCUCCUCGAAGCUCUGCUCCAUCGGUGUCUACUAUGACAACCCUCACACGGUGUCUCCAGAGAAGUGCCGCUUCGCCAUAGGCCGCAUCCUGAGCGAGGGAGACGCAAAGCCAUCGGAAGAGCAGAUCCAACGGUUCCAGAAGUAUGGCUUUAAGAUCUUCAGCUUCCCUGCUCCCAGCCACGUGGUCAUGGCCACCUUCCCGUUCACUACGCCGCUCUCCAUCCAUCUGGCAGUCAACCGUGUCCACCCAGCCCUUGACACUUACAUCAAGGAGAGGAAGCUGUGUGCCCACCCCCGGAUCGAGAUCUACAAGCAGGACCGCAUCUACUUCGUGUGUCCCCUCGCCCGCCAAGGGGACUUCUACGUGCCUGAAAUGAAAGAACUGGAGAGGAAGAGCAGGGCUGCUGCAGCUGUGGCCGAGGACGCCCAGACAGACAUCACAGGGGUCGACACCAUGAGUGAGACGAGCUCCAUCAGCAUGGAGGCCACAACUGACAGCAGAGACACCUCGGUGGCCACCUCCAUCCUGCUGCCCUUCCCAGCAAGCCGUGGCCGGGAGGAGGCGGACAACCGCAGCGAGCACAGCUACAGCGAGUCGGGAGCCAGCGGCUCCUCCUUCGAGGAGCUGGACCUGGAGGUCGCCGGGGAUGGGGAGGGAGCCCCGGGCCUGCUGCCUGAUGUGGGCUACACGGGCAACCAGGAGGUCACAGACAAGUGGACCAAGGAGCCCAUUGCUGCUGAGAGAGGAGAAGAGUGAAGAGAGACCUGGCUGCCUCACCUCCCACCGGGGUCUGAGUUAUUGGGAACCAGUUGCCUUUCCCACCUCCUUCCUCUCCAGCCAAGAGAUUUUGGUCGCUGAUUCCCCUCAGGACCUGCUCUCCCUCUUUGCAGAAAGGGUGUUUGACUGUUUUUGGGGGUGCUGGGAGGUGGGGGGGAUUUCUGUGGCGCAGGGUAGGUGCAGGCUGGAGGGGCAGUGAAAUGCAUUUGCCAUUUGUGUGUGUCCAGGCAUGUCGCAGAUUCCUUUCAGGUGUCCCGGGAUGGUGGUGGAUGUCAGAGAUGUCCCCUCUGGUCUCUGCUGGUGCCCCUCUCACCCACAGCUUCUCUCUGCUGCACCACCACGUUUUCUAGCACCAAAGAGCUGUGAGUUGGGUCGGUUGGGUUUGUUCCUCUCUUCUCUUCCCCUUGCUGAACAAUGGAAACAUCCUGUGUAAAUGUGGUCCUCCUGGCACUGCCACAGGUGCUUUGGGGUCUGUAAUAAAGUGGAUGCUUUUCCUCA